GUGUAAAUCGAUCUGAUUAUAUAUUGCGUGGAAAUGACGCAUCGAUUGAAAAAUAUCCAUUCAUGGUUUCACUCCAAAAACGGCGUCAACAUUUUUGCGGUGGAACGAUCGCCAGCGUGCAUUGGAUUUUGACGUCGGCAAAUUGCCUAAAACGUGUGACUUUCCUUACAACUUGCUCGUUGAAAAUAAUAGCAGGAUCUAGUCAUAGCGUCGAAUCCUAUUUUGAUCGUCCUACCAAACAGAAGCGAAAAGCAUCUAAAUGUUACAUUCACGAAGGAUAUGAUUCGAGGAAGAAAUUUAAUGAUAUCGGCAUGAUUUUGCUGGACGAGCCUUUUGAAUUGUCAAAUUCGGUGCAAGUUGUAAAACUGCCAAGAGACAUCUACGUGAAGCAGGAUUUAUCAUCGAAGUUUAGAGAAUGCACGUUUAUCGGCUGGGGUCAGAAUACUAUGAAUGAAAGCCUGCCUUUUAUAUUAAAUAAUCUUCGAUCAGUUACUUUACGCCCGAUGUCGCAUUCUUAUUGCAAGAAAGCCAGGCUAACUAAAAUGACAUCUAAUAUUCGCAAAACUCAUCUAUGUACGUUACCAAAAUAUAUGGAAAUAGGUGUUAGCAAAGGUGAUAAUGGAGGUCCGAUGAUUUGUCAAGGUGAGCAAUAUGGCAUAGCCUCCUAUAUACCAGGUUUAGAUUCUAAACCUACUGUGUUUACUCGAGUUGAUAAAUAUCUGAGAUGGAUUCAUAUUAGAUUGAAAUCUGGUGCACAGUUGUCAGCUAAAUAUGUAUAUUUUAUGUCAUGUAUCAAUUUUAUUUUUUUGUAUUUUACUGCAUAAUGGAUGAUAUUAAA